GCAAAAAUAAAUAAAUAACAAGACCGAAGAGGACACGAAUACAACCAAAAAAAAAAAAAAAAAAAAGACGCAAGAAUAUUCGGGGUUUUAAGCGUGCUUCACCCGGUUUCGUUGGUGGGGAGGGGGCCGCAGCACAGAGGAAGCGUCCAGGGGGAGGAGGUGCAGAAGAAAGAAGAGGAAAAGCGUUGCUCUGGAUGGGGAUGCUCCCAACCCGGGCCUGAUGCUCCUCUGCUCAAACAAGGACUGUCGGAGAGGCUGCGAGGAUUAAGCAGGAGGCCGGAUGCUGUAAGACUGAGAGGAGGGGGAAGCUUCAACAGCAUCAUCCAAAAACGAGCAUUUUGUCUCACAGGCGGAAAAAUAACGGGUCCAAAGAUUGACGGUGAUCUUUUCAUUUGAAUAUCCAGACUACACCAUCGAGGUGGACCUAUAACAGCGUCCUGUAAAAACAAAUAUAUAUACUUUAUUUUCCCCAAAGACGCAUGCUUGGACUGAUCAGUCACUUCCACCAAUGUUAUGUAAUAGAAUUGUUUGACUUGGAGUUCAGCAGCUGGGAGUACUGAGUCUCCUCUUCAUAUUUAAGUGGAGGUGGGGGGGUAGGACCACUCGAUCGUUGAGGGUGGACUCCACCGAGAGAAGAUGUCGGGUCAGACACUAACGGACCGCAUCGCCGCGGCCCAAUACGGCUUGACUGGAUCGGAGGUGUCUCGAGCUGUGUGUAAAUCCACCACACAUGAGCAAACAGCCCCAAAGAAAAAACACCUGGAAUACCUGAUCCAGGCCUCUCAGGAUUCCAGUGUGAGUGUCCCUCAGAUGGCCGAUACACUGAUAGAGAGGGCGGGCAAUGCCAGUUGGGUGGUGGUUUUCAAGGCCCUGAUUACUACACACCACCUCAUGGUGCACGGCAAUGAGAAAUUCCUGCAAUUCCUUUCAUCGAGGAAUUCUUUGUUCAACCUUGCCAAUUUUCUGGACAAAACAGGCUCCCAUGGCUAUGACAUGUCCACCUUUAUCAGACGCUACAGCCGUUAUCUCAAUGAGAAGUCCUUUGCCUACAGACAGAUGUCUUUCGAUUUUGUCAGAGUCAAGAAAGGCGCUGAUGGAGCAAUGAGGACCAUGACAGUAGAGAAGUUGCUGAAAGGAAUGCCUAUCCUGCAGGGUCAGAUUGAUGCACUGCUGGAUUUUGAUGUACACCAACCGGAAUUAAACAAUGGAGUAAUAAAUGCCUGCUUUCUUCUACUGUUCAAAGACCUAAUAAAGUUAUAUGCUUGCUACAAUGAUGGCAUCAUCAAUCUACUAGAGAAAUUUUUCCAGAUGAAGAGAAGCCAGUGUAAAGAUGGGCUCGAGAUCUACAAGAGAUUUCUGACUCGCAUGACUCGGGUAUCUGAAUUCUUCAAACUUGCAGAGCAAGUGGGAAUAGACAAGAAUGACAUACCUGAACUGACUCAAGCCCCAGAAAGUCUUUUAGAAUCACUUGAAACUCACCUCAACACUUUGGAAGGAAAGAAGCCAGAGGAUAAGUCACCCACCAAGGACACAGUGGCCAAUAACAGCUCAGCAACUACCACCCCAUCUUCUGCACCACCCAAGCCUGCACCGCCUGCUGGCACUGGGGGCCCCCCUGCUCGACCGGGGCCCCCUGCUAAACCUCCACCUCCCUCUAUCACACCCACAGCGGUCACUCCCAUCACUACCGCCAGCAGUGCCCUUGAUGAUGGCUUCUUGUUGGAUCUAGAUCCCAUGUCCUCGUCCUCAGCUGGUGGGACUGCACCGCCUUCCACAACAACCGCAUGGGGAGACCUUUUGGCUGACGCCACUCCUGCUGCCACUAACAAUGCUUCUGAAGCUAAACAAGCAAAAAAAGAGCUUGCCCCUGAUGCUGCAGCUGCCUCUGCAGUGGCUGCAUCUACAGCUGCCGCUUCCACUGCUGCAGCCAUGCCAGCGCCCAUCUCCCUGCCUGUCACUGCUCCCACCGCUGCUUCAGUGAGAGACAUCGACUUUUUUGGAGAUGCAUUUGCACCUUCCCCAGGAGAUGGUCCUGUCGCUGUAGCUGCGGGUCCUGCUACUGAUGCAUUCGGUGAAUCUGACCCUUUUGCUACGACCGAGGGGAGUGCGGACAUUACUCCAGGGCUGGACCUGUUUGCUAUGCGACCCACUGACACGGGAGCCACUGCCAUCACCCCUCCCACCUCUAGUGAGGCGCCGGCCAUCGCUGUCCCUGUCGCCACACCCGCCGCAGCCCCCACUCCUUCUGUCACCACCACCGCUAGCACCACAGACACCACCACCACAGAGUCUGCAGCCGCUCCGACUCUAGAUUUCUUUGGUGAUAUGCUUGAUUCUAUCCCUGAGCAAGGUUCUACCACAGAAUCCAAAGCUGCUACCACACCUAGCGUAGACCUUUUUGGUGCAGACCUCCCUGCUGUUUCACGCGGGCCUUCUCCUUUGCCUGAGCCGGCUCCGACUGGAGACAUUGUCACUGACCCUGGUCCUGAGACUGCCCCUCCUCCUGCCCCUGCUCCUGCGCCUGCUUCAGCUCAGACUCCAACUCCAGCUCCUGUUGUUGCUCCUGCCACUGAGGCCUCCUCUCCAACCAAAGCAGAGCAGACCCCAGUUAUUGACCUGCUGGACUCCUUUGGUGGGUCUGUGAAGGAGACACAGAGCUCUGCUCCUGGGGGACCUGGAGGAGACCUGCUAGGAGACCUCAUGUCCCCCACCUUGGCACCCACCGUCGCCCCGGCCCUGGCCCCAGCCAUGGCUCCAGCUCCAGCACAGAAUUAUCUUCUUGAAUCGGGAUUCGAAACUCUGGGUUCACUCUCCUCUCCGACACCACCUGUGCCAGCUGUACCAAUGGUACCUGCCACUGCAGAACCUGCAAAAGCCACACCAGCGCCCUCUGGUGGCUUUGAUGCUUCAGUGUUUGAUGCAUUAGGUGACUUGCUGAUGCCCGCCGUUACGCCACAGAGCACCGGGGGAAGCACAACAGGAAGUGGAGCAGGGAGCAUGGGAACUCCCGUCACAGUUGAAAACAUUGCAGCUGCUCCACCUGCCACCCCACCCCCAACAAAAGCCAUUGCAGGGGAUCUUGACUCUUCACUGGCCAACCUGGUUGGAGACCUGGGAAUGAAGAAAAAAGAUCCACAGAGUGAGAGGAAGUUGACUGGAGGAGCCAACUGGACCCCUCAUGUGGCCCCCACAAGCUGGACCACGCCAGGUGUCCCCAUGGCUGGAGUGGCUCCUGGCGGACCUGGAGCAGCGGCUCCUAGUGGAGCAAUGGUACCACCAAUGAGUGCACAGCCUGGCUUUGGUAUGCCAGCCGCUGGAGGGCCAGGAGCUCCCAUGAUGCAGCCCAUGAUGGGUCAGCCUAUGAUCGGUCAGUCCAUGAUGAGACCUCCUUUUGCUGGCGUGGUUGGAGCUGCACCUGGAGGACUUGCAGCACCAGGAGCCCCGCUUUCUCCUGGACCUGCAAGCCAGAGUCCCAAAAAGCCUAAAGAUCCUCUGGCAGAGCUCGACCUUAAGGACUUCUUAUAACACAAAUGAAAGACGGACAAAUAUUUUCCUCUGCAGAGUCGGAUGCUCCCCUCGUUUACCCGGCGUCUGUCAAGAUCCCAGGAAGCCAGUGGCCCUGCCAUUCUGUCUCUUUUGUCUGCUUCUCGACAUAAUAAGAGCCUCUCUCCUCUCCUCCAUCUUCUUUCUGUUUCCUUCUCCUGUGUGAUGUUGUAGCACCAACUGUGAAAGUGAAACCUAGCGGAGUAUAACCAGUAUACGAAUAUAUAUGAGAAAAGAAUUCCAAGUGCGUGCUCAUUUAGAUGUUCUCAAGUUUUUUGUCUCAAGCAAAAUCUCACAAAAAAAUCCUGAAAAUGUUCUUGAGUGAAAGUGAAGGAGUAUGUGAUUAGAUUUAUUGCUUGUGUUGAAUGAUGGUCGUACUUUGGUGUCCUAAGCUCCACCCAGUCUUGUCCCCUUAAAGGGGCGGAGCCCUUCUUCUUCUGCUCUGAUUGGAUGAGAGUUUAAUUAAGUCCUUGUGGUUUAUGGAGAACUAUGUUGUGUCCUGUGUACAGAAAGGUCCUAAUUUAUGAACAUAGACUCCACUGGUGAAUUUGACAAUUACGUCUAUUAUGUACUGUACGUGUGCUGAAGAGAAAUAUCAAUGUGAAUCUGACAUGAAAUUGUGAGGAGUCAUGUGAGUGUCAUUCAGUCAUCAUUUGGAGAAAAAAAAUGUGAUAAAUAUAUUGUAUAUUAUGAAACAAAUUGAGUGGGCUUUUGAGACUUUGGAACAUCAACUGACGCUUUGUGUGUCUUUUUAUUUGUGGCUUAUUUUUUGUUACUAUUUUGUCAGAGUAAGGCAAGUCUUACUUCCAAAUCCAAUGUUUAGUGAAAAAGUUAUACAUCAUGGAAAAAAAUGUUUUAAAGUGCCCCUCGUUGAAACAAUUCCACUCUUUAAUGUGUGCACAGUAAUGUUUUGUUUGUUUAUUUGUUUGUUUUGUUUUUUUAUUUAAAAGAAUCCUUAUUUGUAGAGACCAAUAAAUUCAAUUGGAGUCAAAUAAAAUCUUCCACAACCGUUUGUUUUGUUUUGGGAAGUACCAUGGAACAUUUUCUAUUUAAACAACUGAUCUACCUUUGUGUUUUACAGCCUAAUUACCAAAUCUGUGAGGUAUUUUUAACAGUGCACUGCAAUUUGUUGAAUGCUUUUCUUGGGCAUCAAGAAUUUGUAGUUCCAUUGUAAGACAUCUAAUUGAUCACGUGUGCAGCGCAGGAACCCAGUCGUUAACGUUUUGCCCAACGUUAUCUUUCUUAUUUUUGUGUGUUUGGAUUUGGAUGACAUGCUGCGUUGCGUUAGAAAUACAAUGAUGUACCUCCUCAUUUGAGUUGACUUUAAAACGCAAGGUUGUACAAAAGAGUGCUGAUUCAGAUAAAACAUUUUCAUGGAUGGGUUAUAAGCAUUUUUUUUUGGUCUAAUUUAUUUUGUGUAUGAUGUCCCUACCCAUUGCAUGUAAGCCCUUUGAGAUGCAAUAAAUGACUGAUUGAACUCA